ACUGUCCGGCCCUAGCCCCACGGGCCCGAACAGCUGGUGGAGGGACCAUGGCCCGGCCCCGUGUGCGGCUGGUGGUCACGGCAGAUGACUUUGGUUACUGCCCGCGGCGCGACGAGGGCAUCGUAGAAGCCUUCCUGGCGGGGGCUGUGACCAGCGUGUCCCUGCUGGUCAACGGCGCGGCCGCCGAGAGCGCGGCUGAGCUGGCCCACAGGCACCGAAUCCCCACGGGCCUCCACGCCAACCUAUCCGAGGGCCGCCCCGUGGGCCCGGCCCGCCACGGCGCCUCGUCGCUGCUCGGCCCCGAAGGCUUCUUCCUCGGCAAGAUGGGAUUCCGGGAGGCGGUGGCCGCCGGAGAGGUGGUCUUGCCCCAGGUUCGAGGAGAGCUGGAGGCCCAACUGAGCCGUUUCCGGGAAUUACUGGGCAGGGACCCUACUCACGUGGACGGGCACCAGCACGUGCACGUGCUCCCAGGAGUGUGCCAGGUGUUCGCUGAGGCGCUGCAGGCCUGCGGGGUGCGCUUCACUAGGCUGCCGAUGGAGCGCGGGGUGGGCGGCUGCAAUUGGCUCGAGGCCCCAGCACGCGCCUUCGCCUGCGCCGUGGAGCAAGACGCCCGCGCCGCCAUGGGCCCCUUUGCCCGCCACGGCCUGCGGUGGACCGAUGUCUUCGUGGGCCUGAGCACCUGCGGCCGGCACAUGUCCGCUCACCACGUGUCAGGGGCACUGGCUAAGGCCCUGGAGGGUAUACCCACUGGACGCGCAGUGACAGCCGAGCUGAUGGCACACCCCGGCUAUCCGAGUGUGCCUCCGGUUGGGGGCAGCGGUGAGGGUCCUGAUGCCUUUUCCUGCUCCUGGGAGCGCCUACACGAGCUGCGUGUCCUCACGGCACCGGUGCUGUGGGCUCAGCUUGCCCAGGACGGCGUGCAGCUCUGUGCCCUCCACGAGCUAGACUCCAAGAGGCCCGGAGAGGGGACCCCCAGUAAAGCCACUCUGGAAACCUUUCUGGAGCCCUCCCCACUGUGACCCUGGCAGACAGCCAAGCAUUAACAUCCCUUGGUGCCCAGGAAGGGAACUGGGUCCCAGAGCAGGCUGUGACUUCCUGGGCUGGAUGCUGCCACCUCUGUGCCCAGGUCCUCAUGGUUCACAGUGGCAGCAGAGCUUCUGCAAGCCCUCUGGCUGCUGGUGGCAGCUGUGACCUCUGGGCCUGGGGCCUGC